UUUGGAGUGACUCUCUACUAUUCCUAGCAGUGCAGUUUACUACUGUACAGACUAUUACAUGCUCUACAUCUAGGAAUCUGCAUGCAGUUUAGUUUGCAUGUAUAAUUAUAGUUGCAGUAUAGUCUAUUAUAGUUUGCAUGGAAAUUGUUCGUAUGCAACGUGUGUUCCUCAAGUUCUAAUUCUUAUUGAACUGAUAACUUGACGUUUGAAAUGCCUGGCUUUGAAGCCAAAUUUAAACACCCUUUACUUAAGCGACACGAGUGUCCAAUAUGUCUCUUUGCGAUGCGUCACCCGGUACAAACAGAGUGCGGUCAUCUGUUCUGCCGUGAUUGUUUGGAGCCUGUUUUAAAACGACGCCAUCCAAUUUGUCCCCUUGAUAAAGAAGAAAUCACUCAGGAGGGGACAUUCCCUGACAAUGCUUGCAGGAGGGAGAUUCUGAAACUGCAAGUGUUUUGCAACUUCCAAAACUGUCCUUGGAUUGGAGCUCUUAAAGAUCUGGAGGCCCACUUGGGCAACUGUGACUACAGAGAUGUACAAUGCACCCAGUGUGGACAGUACAUCCAGCAGCUGGACAUGGAGGCCCACCAGAAGGAGCUCUGUGCAAUGAGACCCACCACUUGCCCUCACUGCAGCAAAGAUGUUCCAACACAGCAACUACAAACCCACUUCGACAAGCUCUGCACUAAGAUAACGCGAGGCUGUCCCAACGAGUGUGACCCAUCCCUCAAGAUGAACCUUCAGGAGCUUGAGAAGCACACUGACCUAAAGAAGGGAACCUGUCCACUCUCUGAGGUGGCCUGUCCUUAUGGACAAUAUGGAUGCUCAUUCAUUUCCCUUCGGCAAAACAUCAGCACCCACUUGGACCAGUAUCGCGUUUAUCACGCGCAAGUCCAGGCCGAGAGUUUCGAUGAGAUUCGACAAUUGAUUACCAAGCUUAAUCUGUCGUUUGAUCAUCUUCUUGAGAGGGUUGGUAGCCUGGAAACACGAUCCAAUGCUUUAGAACGUCUGCAAGACGCUCUGGAACAAAGAAUUGAAUUCCUUGACGAUCGCAGAGAUCGACACGCCGAUCAAAAUGAAGUUAAAAUUGAGCGCCUUGAGGAACAAACGACACAAAAUACUAGUUUGCUCACAGUGAUCGAUAAGAGAGUUACUGAGAUUGAAGUCAAGGGUGGUACAGGCCUAACCUCUGGGUACAAUACCGGCAGCACUGCAUUUGGCCACUCAGAAGUCCCCAUUACUCCCAACUAUCAAGGAUUUGGUGAAGCGAAUGUUCCACCCCAGCGUGUAGAGGCUCUACACACAAGAGUGGUUGAACUGGAGCAUAGUGUUGACAGGGCUCUUAGUAGCUGUCUAGAUCAAGAGCUUCGGAUCCAAUUGCUGGAACGUGCCACUUAUAACGGCGUGCUGCUUUGGAAAAUCGAUGAAUUUGAUCGUCGGCGACGUGAAGCUGUGGAUGGAGUUACUUUAUCUCUUUAUUCCACCCCUUUUUAUACAAGUCGCCAUGGAUACAAGAUGUGUGCUCGAGUCUACCUAAAUGGCGAUGGAAUGGGUAAAGGCUCUCAUCUGAGCUUCUUCUUUGUCAUAAUGAGGGGACCUUUUGACGCUUUGCUUCAGUGGCCAUUUAAACAGAAAGUCACGCUUUCUCUGAUCAAUCAAAACGCGAAGAAGCACAUCAGCGAUAGUUUCAGGCCUGACCCUCAUUCAAGCAGUUUUCAAAAGCCUGGCCGGAGGGAGAUGAACAUUGCCUCAGGGUGUCCGAUGUUUAUCAGGAUUGAUCAUCUACUCAAUGGUGGAUUUGUGAAGGAUGAUGCUAUCUACGUGAGGGUGGUAGUUGAAACCAUGGACUUGCCCAAAAUCAUACCUUGAGUAUUUGGAAUUGCUAGCACUUAAAUUGAUACAGGCACAAAGCAAAAGGAAAAAAGUAAAGCCGAAGUUUUGAACAAGCAACACAUUUAUAUUGGAGUGUGCAAGUCGUUUACAUAUACGAGCAAUAACAUUAUGAUUUGAUCCAGAUAUAACCACAUCCUAGCAAAGAAACAUUUUUGAGCAAAGAAAAAGCACACAAGAAAACAAAACAAAAAAACAUAAUUAUUAUAAUAUAUGCAGCAAGAAGCAAUUUUGAUUGAAGAAAGCAGAAAAGAAAAGAAAAAGAAAAAGCAAAAAUUAUUUUAAAGAAAAAAGCACAAAAAGGCACAUGCAUCCCAGGGGAUGGAAUCUGUACAUGUAGCAGAGUUAGGACAAAAAGGGGUAACCCACUGUAGUAUAUUUACGCUUUACACAUAAGUAAGUUAAUGCAUGACUGCCCGCCCGCCCACUCUCUGUGUAGAAAUGCUAAAACACUUGUAUACACAAUUAUGUAACACAGAGCACACAAAUUUGAGCAAAUUAGCGUGACAAAAUUGAUUACGGAUUAUCUUUUUGGAGUGCCUCACAUCACAUUUUUGACAUCUGCAUCCUCACAAGAAACAUUUACACGAAGGAAGCAUUGACAAGAAGUUCAUUAAAUAUACACACAACAAGACUUUGCAUUGAUCGCAAAUGCCAACUGAUCCCAAUCUAUUCAUAUCUUACAUUGACAUUAAGUUUGUUAUUAAUUUUUUAUUGCACCCAAUACCUAUACUUUAAAAAGCCUAUACCUGUUG